CAGCCACAGCCAGCGGGCAGGGCAGCAGAGGGCACGAGGAAGAGCCACCCCACAGCCACCAUGCUCCCUGCAAGGACUGUCCUGCUGCUCACCCUGCUGCUCACCUUCUCCCUGCACCACGCCACAGCCCACUUUGCACCUGUGGAAUGCUGCUUUAAAUAUGCACAGAAACGCAUCCGACACCCUCAGGGCUUCUACGAGACAUCCAAGGACUGCCCCAAGCCUGCAGUUGUGAUUGUGGCUGCCAAUGGUGAUGAGAUCUGUGCCGACCCCAAGAAGGACUGGGUGAAUAAAAUCAUAAAACGGCUUCAAAACAAAACAUCAGACCCAUCCACCAUCUGA